AUGAUGAGUCUCAAGAAGAAGUUAACAGUCGUGAAGACAGGCGCAGUGAGCAUGGUGAAAAAGGCCUUGAUCUUAGAGAAAUUGUUUCAGUUGUUAAGUCAGAAGGAGUGUGAUGCCCUUCUUCAUAUGAGUGAUAGAGAAGAGAAGGCGGGUGAGAAGACUGAUGAAGAGAGAACAGUGAUCAAAGAUCAAGAUAAAGAAAAGGCAGUGAUGUCUCAUCAUUGCUCAGCUAGGCUGCAUGAUGCUGCUGCAGAAGAGUCAACAGAUGAAUUGUAUAGCAGAAGCUUGAAGAGUCAAGAAGAGUCUAAGACUGUGAUAUGA